UAAUUAGUGUUUCCAAUGCCCAUACUAGGCUAUUAUCUAUGGCACCUUAUUUUUUUUUAUAUAACAGCUAUUGAAAAGUGUUCCCAAUCUGUUGGUUAUUUCUGUGAGAGGGAACAGAAAUGCAUUCCUUAUAGCUACUUGUGCGACGGCCUUGUCGACUGUGACACGGGAGUGGACGAAUUCGCCACCACGUGCUUAGUGGCUGCCAAGACAACCUUAGCUCCAUCUGUGUGCACCGUUGACCAAUUCCAAUGCGACGGAGAAAGAUGUAUACACAUCUCUUGGUGGUGCGACAAUUUCAUUGACUGCAAAGAUACUACGGAUGAGCAGAACUGCGGUGAAACCAGCGGCAGUGGUAGUUUAGAUUCAUGUAGUACCAAUCAGUUCCAAUGCCAGUAUACCUACGGCUGCAUCAAUUCUCAAUAUCGAUGCGACGGUAAUACAGAUUGCGUUGAUGGAUCAGAUGAAACCAAUUGUGGUGAGAAUGAUAUCUGUUCUGGAAUUAUAGUAUUUCAUUAUAGCUCCAUGAUCUGCGUAUGCUUAUCGAUCAUUAACUGACGUCAUUACAAUAUCGAUAACGAAGGGUGG